AUGCUCCCGUGUGCCGUGAGCAUCCUCUUGGGCAAGUUUAACCCGCUCAAACAUGAAAUGAUCGUCAAGCGGUUUGGCUCGACUCUUCACGUUCCGCAAAGUCUUCUUUCCCCUUUGAGAUGGCGGCUGUGUCUGCUACUGGCCACCGGGCUCCCACGCCAAUGCAAGCUAGGAACCGAAUCCAAACCGCUGGGCUCUGGAUUGGCCAUUCACAGCCCUGGAUUGUCUACUUUUUCACCCCGUCGGUCUGGUCUACCAACAGCAGCUCGUCCCGUGCAUGCACGAGGGAUGUUUAGUCUGUCCCAGAACAACUGA